AAUUAUAAUUUUAGCCAAUCACAUUGUUCCAGGUCACACACAGCAAAUGUACAGGAAGGAAAGAUGGCAGCCAGAAAUGGGAAGAAUGGUCUACUUGAGAAAUGGAGGAUUGAUGAGAAACCUGUGAAGAUUGACAAAUGGGAUGGUGCAGCUGUCAAGAAUUCUCUUGAUGAUGCAGCGAAGAAGGUGCUCUUGGAGAAGUAUGGUUAUGCCGAGAACUUCAAUCUCGUAGAUGGACGUCUCCUCAUUUGCACAAUCUCCUGCCUCUUCGCCAUCGUAGCUUUAAUUUGGGACUUCCUUCAUCCAUUCCCUGAGUCCAAGCCAGUCCUGGCAAUCUGUGUCAUAUCGUAUUUCAUAAUGAUGGGCAUUCUAACCUUAUACACCUCCUACCAAGAAAAGAACAUCUUCCUCGUUUCUGUCCAGAAAGACCCCGCUGGCAUGGACCCUGACCACACCUGGCAACUUUCAUCUAGUCUGAAAAGGUUUGAUGACCAGUACACACUAAGAGUGUCCUUCACAGAUGGGAAGUCCAGACACACGCGGGAGCAAGAGAUCACAAAGUCUGUGGGUGCUUUCUUUGACGGGAACGGAACGCUGGUCAUGGACCAGUUUGAAAAGUGUGUGUCAAAACUCCAUGACAACUUGGCCACUGAGAAGAAGACAAAAUAAUAAUGAUCAGACCUUCUUUACAAAGCUGCACCACAUCGGCAGAAACUGCAGUAGUGUGCACUGGUAUUGUACGGUCCUGGGUGCAUUUGUAUUAGCUAUUGGUUGUUAUAAAAGUCUGCACGCCAGCAUUUGUUGUCCAUUGUUUAAUUUGUUCAAUACAUUUUAUGACGGUUGUCUAUUAAAUUCUUUCCCCUAUGUUUACCUUGAUACAAGUUUCAUCUAGACAUUGCUUUUAAGGACCCCUAAGACAACUCAAAACAAAGAUUAAUACAAUAUUUUUUGCGCCGCUCAAGUUUUCAUCUUUACCCUUGAAUGGCCGUUCUAAAAAUGAACAGACAUUGGUCUUUGACUUUUCUUUCCCAUAUUUUAUGCUGUAGGACAAAGCCUUACAUAAUGCGUGCAGUGAAUGACCAGAUCAUUAUUGUUGGAAAUUAUGUAAAAUAUGUUAGUUUUUUUGUCCUGAAAGCUUUAUUCAAUGUAACUACUGUCCUUUUAAAGCUUUGCAAUUAUACAUAUAUUUUUUUUAAAUGGAUUUUGUUACUAUGGAUCUAGUUACAUAAGGCUUUAAAGGGCAAAAGAAACUAUCUGAAAAGGGACUGUAUCCACACAUUUGGUAGUCGUCACCAUGCCUCUUCAAUACAUGGUUUGUUGGAAGUAGUUCUUUAAAGUUGGAAUCCGUUUCAGUGAAACUGCCAUGUCCUUUUGCGAUAUUACGACAACAAAGAUGUUAUUUCGAACAAUGUUUUUUCCCCCCCCUCCAGAUAUUGCACAUCACUGCACGCGUGAGAGAACAGCAGAGUAUGUGCUGCAAUUUUUUUUUUUUUUUUUUUUUAAAUGUAUGUUGCUGGAUGCUCAACUCCUUUUCAAAAACAAUAAACUGCCUGGGGGUGACCAGUGGCGCUGUUUCAGCUUUAAAGCAGGGAUAAUUGUUUUCAUGUACAUGUUUUGUCAACGGUUUGAAAAUGAAAUAGUAUUGAUCAGAUAUCCUCACUCAGGAGUGCAUGACCAUUUGAGACUUAAUUUAUAUUGUAAAGGUUGGAUGAUAUUCCUGGAUACAGUUCAUUUCUCUGUGGUAUGACUUUAAAAAGUGAGUGCUACAGAGACUUAGCCGUUUUUGUCAGUAGAUUUUUGGCUUUCGCAACCUUAUUGUACGUGCCUGUUCAUAUAAGUUUCAAAUAAAGUUAGAAGGCAUUUUUA